AUGCAUGCUGUUCUUGAGAGUCAACUAGGCGAUGAUGAAAAGUUGGAAGGGGAACAAGUUGUGAGAAAUAGAGCUUUAAUUCAUUAUCUUGCCACAUUAGCCAAUUCCAACAACUUUGAAGACAAGUUUGAUUAUGACUUUGUUGAAUCAUUAAUUAUCAAUGGUGCAGACGUCAAUAGCAAAGAUAAAUCAGGACAAACGGUUUUUCAUGAGGUUGCUAGAUCAUGGAACAUCGAUGUUGCAAGAUUUCUCAUUAAACAUGGUGCAAACGUAAAUCAACAAGAUCAGUAUGGUAGAUCGCCACUUCAUGUUGCUGCUGCAGUAGAUUAUGCUGAUAUGGUGGAAUUUCUUCUACAAAACGGAGCUCGCAUUGAUAUCAAAACAACUGGAGAAGAACAAGAGGCGAUUCAUUUUGCAGCUAAGAAUGACGCCAUUAACUCUCUACAAAUGCUGUUAACAUACGGAGGUAAUAUCGAUGCCAGAGAUAGCAAGAACAGAACACCAUUACAGGUUUCCGCUGAGAUGAAUCGUUCUAAAGCAGCAAAACUUUUGAUUGCCAAAGGUGCUCCAGCGGGUGUCUACGAUGAAUUAGGAAAUUCAGCAUUGUCACUUCUUAUUGAAAAGAUUCCAGAAGUGGCUUUGAGCGCUUUAGACCAGUUUCACUCCGUGGAUAUGAUUAACCGCAAAGAAUUUUAUUUUCUUAACUAUUUGGAAAAAAGCAAGUUAAGGGAAAAGAAAACGCCAGCUCGUACGCCACUUGAAAUUGCUGUACAAAAUGAAAGAUUUGACAUUGUUAUGCAUCCCGUCAUGCAACGAUUGGUUGGAGUUAAGUGGCAAAUGUAUGGAAAAUUUGGGGCAGUAUUUGACUUAACCAUUAAUCUUAUUUACACAACACUCUGGACAGUACUUGCUAUAACUUUGCCAAUCAAUGGACGAGAUCUUUAUCUGCCACUUGCUCAAAAUUCCUGGAGAUUAAUCGUGGGAAUCUUUCUCUUUUUGUUCACCAUAUUAGAGAUUAGAAAGCAAGUCGUUAAUACAAUAAAGAGCCGACAUGAAUUAAAAAAAUGGCGAGAAUGGCGUGCUGAUGAACUAGAACGAGAUAUGGCAUAUUGUCAUCCUAGAUGGCCGCAAGAAGCUCAAUAUCUAAAAGCUGAAAUAAAGGCUGUAAGAAAUCUCUCCUUCAUUUCGGGUUCUGAUUGGUGGAUAUAUUUUGACUGGAUAGCACUCGUCCUUAUUCUUGCUACCAUGGCAUCCCACGUGACAUUCUUUCACUACAGCAACGACUUAAAAGUCAUUGAGGAAAAAACAUAA